UAAGAAAUAUAGUUCCAUCUUUCUCUCGCCAAUGCCACUGCAUUCAUUUUGUGCAUGACGCGUGAGUCGUGACUGAUGGUAGCAGGCGAAAAGCCGAAUUUUCUGAUAGUACGUGUGCAAGUGUUUCCCAAAAAUCUGGUGUCUAUAAAGCAAGAACAUCAUUUAAUAAACCAAAAAUCCACGUCAACAUGUUGGACGGACUGCCAACCAGCCAAAUUACGCUAUACUCGAUUCUGAUUUUCCUUUUUCUGGAAAAUGUAAUUAAUCUUUAUUUAACCCGGAGACAGAUUUAUGUCUACCAAAACAGCAAAGAUGUCCCAGCGGAACUUCAAGGCGUAAUGAAAAAGGAAACAUUCGAAAAGGCUCGAGUUUAUGGGUUGGACAAAGCAAACUUUGAAGUUUUCAAGCUACUCGUUUGUGACAUUGCUAUCGUCUCGAUUGAGUUGUAUUCCGGAUUCAUAGCAAUGGUAUGGGCCCGAGCCAUAGAGCUUACGGCAAAGCUAGGCAUGAACGUUGACAACGAAAUUCAGGUCAGCAUCAUGUUUCUGAUUCUAAUCAACAUCAUAGGAACAUUUAAGGAUAUGCCGUUCAAGAUUUAUUCAACUUUCGUGUUGGAGGAGAAGCACGGAUUUAACAAGCAAACACCGGGAUUUUUCGUUAAGGAUCAGAUCAAAUCGUUUUUAGUCGGACAGGUUCUGACAGUUCCAAUUGUGUCUGCCAUUGUCUAUAUAGUUCAAAUUGGAGGAGAUUAUUUCUUCAUUUGGCUAUGGGUCUUCAUGGGAAUAGUAUCUCUGAUUUUGAUAACAGUUUAUCCGGUUUACAUUGCACCGUUAUUUGACAAGUUCCGGCCCCUGGAGGAUGGCAAAUUGAAAUCGAGUAUUGAAAAUCUUGCUGCAUCUGUGAAAUUUCCUCUUGGAAAACUUUUUGUUGUGGAAGGUUCUAAACGAUCUGCUCAUAGCAAUGCUUACUUCACUGGACUUUUUGGAGCCAAGCGCAUCGUUCUGUUCGAUACCCUGCUUAUCAACAAAGGACUUCCCGAUGAUGCUCCACUGACUGAUGACGAGAAAGGGAAGGGAUGCGAAGACCAAGAAGUUUUGGCCGUACUUGCCCACGAGCUGGGCCAUUGGAAGCUUGGCCAUAUACGGAAGAACAUCAUUAUCAUGCAGAUUCAAAUGUUCCUCAUGUUCAUAGCCUUCUCGCAGCUGUUUAAAUAUUCGCCGCUUUACCAGGCCGUUGGCUUCCCGGAAAAUGUUCAGCCAAUUCUAAUCGGAUUCCUCGUCAUCGCUAUGUACAUUCUGGCACCUUACAACACGCUCAUUUCGUUCGGCAUGACCAUUCUGUCCCGUCGCUUCGAGUACCAGGCGGACGAGUUUGCUUAUGGUCUUGGAUACUCGGAAGAUUUGGGCAAGGCACUUGUUAAGCUCAAUAUCGACAAUCUGGGUUUCCCAAUCUACGACUGGAUGUACUCUAGCUGGAACCACUCUCAUCCCACGCUGCUGCAACGUUUGGAACGAUUGAAGACUCUUCAGAAAAAGGAACGAUAAGAUGACUACCGCUACUGGAGAGCAGUCUCCGUUGAAUUAUAGUUAAUCUAGUCUAGAGUUGCGAGAAUGGUGAGAAGAAAUUGUGUUGAAUGCGUAGACAACAAACUGCCAUGGCAAAAUACAGCAGCUUUGAAUAAAAAUUCCAAUGAGCGAGACACAGAUCUCAA